AUGCCCACCGCAAACGCCUCCGUCGCCGUCUCCGCGCCGGGCAAAGUCCUCCUGGCCGGCGGCUACCUGGUGCUGGACCGCUCCUACACCGGCCUGGUGCUGGGCCUGAGCGCGCGCAUCAACGUCGUCGCCGGCGAGAUUCUCACAGAGGAGGGCGUCCAGCUCAACGAGAUUGUCGUCGACAGCCCGCAGUUCCAGGAAGCGCAGUGGCGCUACGGCUACCAUCUCGCGCCGGAAAGGGGGGGCAUCAAGGUGACCCAGCUGCAGGUCGGCCCCACCAUCUCGGCCAACCCUUUUGUCGAGACGACGCUGAGCUACGCCCUCACCUACAUCGACGCCGUGGUCUCAUCCAAGAAGACUCACGGCGCCAUCAAGUCUUCACGCAUCAUCAUCCUUGCCGACAACGACUACUACUCCCACUCUCACGCGUCCUCGUCCGGCCGCUUCGCCAAGUUCCCCGUCACCCUCAAGGGCGCCAACAAGACCGGCCUUGGCUCCUCCGCGGCUCUCGUCACCUCCCUAACCGCCUCCUUGCUCACUCACUACUUGCCCGCCACCAUCUUUGACCUCUCCUCCAAGCAGGGCAAGCAGACACUUCACAACCUUGCCCAGGCCGCCCACUGUGCCGCCCAGGGCAAGGUCGGCUCAGGCUUUGAUGUCGCUGCCGCCGUCUAUGGGUCUUGCACCUACCGCAGGUUUUCGCCCUCCAUUCUCAAUGCGCUGCCCGAGCCCGGUGCCCCUGGAUUCAGCGAUAAGCUCCUCGCGGUCGUAGAUGGCGAGCAGUGGGACGUCGAGGUGGAAGACGAUGGCGUCACCCUGCCACCAGGCCUGGUCCUGCGCAUGUGCGACGUCGACUGCGGCAGCCAAACCGUCGGCAUGGUGAAGAAGGUUCUCUCAUGGCGCAGCCAAGACGAGCAGCACUCAACAGCCCUCUGGAACGACCUCCAGUCGAAAAACGAGGACCUGGCCGCCACCCUCAAGGCCGGCGCCCUUGACCAGCUCCCCGGCAAACUCAGCCAGGUCCGCGAGCUGAUCCGCCAGAUGGGCCGCGAGAGCGACGUGCCCAUCGAGCCCGACACGCAAACCGAGCUGCUCGAUGCCGUCAGCGCCCUCGAAGGCGUCUAUGGCGGUGUCGUGCCUGGCGCCGGCGGCUACGACGCGCUGGCCCUGCUGAUGCGGGACGACGACCAGACGCUGGCCCGAGUGCAGGAUUUCCUGGCCACCUGGAGUCGCGACAAAGACGCCAAGGUGAAGCUCUUGGGAGUAAAGGGGGAGAUGGAGGGGGUUCGCCAGGAGAGCUUGGACGUGUACGACGGCUGGCUAUAG